CUGACAGUCUUCACAUUGCGAAUUCUUUCGGCAGUCAGCAUAGAGCCGUUCUAUUGCUGCCACGUCCCGUUCCGUCGGCUCGCCCAAUACGCCUCUCGUGUCACCCCGUUCGCGAAGUUCUGAAUUUCUAUUUUUGCGAAUAAGCACGGCUCGACGAUUUCGAUAAUGUUCCAAUACGUGAUUUUCUAAAGUGGCGGCCAAGUUUGCGUGGAGGAUUCUCCACGCUUAUCUGUUCCGGUGCAGAAAGUGAACCCUGUCGUGUUACAUCAGGGAUAACGAGCCGCUAGCAGCAUGUCAGAAUCGAGUACCAAUGUAAAUAUUAGCGCAUACUUCAACUCGCUGGGUGCUACGUACUAUCAGCCGCAACGAAACGUACAUCCCCAGACGCAGCACGCACCGUCGCAGCCGCUAACGUCGCAGUCGUUGACUCAGCAUCAGCAAUUCCCACAAAUACAUCAGCAAGCGAUCGCAGCGAGCAUCGACGCGUCGCACUGGCACGGCUAUCCUCAUGGGGCAUUGCACAUGAACCAUCAGCAACCUCCAACGCCUGGCUCGCAUCAGUACGUCGACCACACCGAGAUAUUCGCGUGGACGCACCAUCAUUACACGCAUCUUCCAUACCCCCCUCCUCCGCAGCCCUAUUCGCAAUUUCAACAGUACCCGCAAUCACAACACCAGGCGCAAAUGCAACAACUGCAGGCGACGGAGUGGGCCAACAAUGCUGCUACAAACGCCAACGGCGGGCCAAAUUCCCGACAAGUAACCGGCAGCAGCAGUGAAAUCAGUCACCCUAGCACCCCGUCCACCCCAUACAGCCACAAUAGUGGCGGUAAUGGAUUCAACCAGACUCCCCAUACGGCGAACAAUCUUUCCUUCACGGCUGGUAUCAGUUCGCCGACCACAUCGCAAGAUCUCACCGUACCGUCCACCAUCGGGUCGCAUCUCAACGUACCGUCAGGGUCCAUCGGUGCGGCCAACGAUUCAAACAUACCGUCCACCGUCACAAAUCGCGAUUUCCAUAAUCCAACAUCCGCAUCUGCGACUGCAUCCUCAUCUACGUCCCGUGAUCUCAGCACACCGUCCACGUCGUCGUCACAUAACACGAAUCUACAGUACGCGUCUAACAAUAUGAACCAGCAGUCCCGCGACGUGUACUCGGCGAAUGCGCGAGGCCCGAGCAGGAGCCCGUUUGGAUGGAUGAGGAGACCUUCGUAUCAGAACCAGCCAAAACCGGCGGGCAAUGAUGCCGCUGCCUCUAACGCGGGUGCUGUUUCGACGAUUAAUGACCUCUGCAGUCGUCUUGCCCUCCUCGGAAAGACGCGCACAAAAGACAAAUACAGAGUGGUCUACACGGAUUACCAGAGGCUGGAGCUCGAAAAGGAGUUCCAUUUCAAUCGUUACAUCACAAUGCGACGUAAGGCAGAGCUCGCCAAAACACUUGGAUUAACGGAACGUCAGGUGAAGAUAUGGUUCCAAAAUCGCCGAGCGAAGGAACGUAAGCUGCAAAAAAAGCGCGACGAGCAGAUGAAGGGAGAGUCACAGCAACAGACGGUGAGAACGUCCGGCAGGAUAAUCGAGGGUGCUGCGGGUGGUGGUGUCGUGGUGCACAACAACCCCGUGCCCCUGAAUAUCAAUUCGGUGCCUCUGAACAUGGGCCAUUCGCAGCACGGUCUGCACGGUCCGCUGGUGCACGCUCCCCCGGGUCUCCAUCUGCAUCUACAGAACGGGUACCCGCAUCAGACCGGACACGCGUAUCAGAACAGUUGCGUGUAUCAGAACGGCAUCACGUCGCAGGGCGAGCAGUUGUAUCAAAACGGGCUGCCGCCGUCCGACGAACCGCCGUCUCAGCAGAAUACGCACUUGUACCAGAACGGGUUGUCGCCGACUGACGGACCGUCGCCUCCGGACUCGCAGCUGUACUCGAAUGGGAUGUCGCCUCAGAACGAGCCCUCGCCGCAGGACGGACAAGCGCCGCGGAAUUCGAUGCACUCGUCACAGAACGAGCGCACUUAUCACGGCGGGCCGUCGCCCACGGCGGGAUCCUCGCAACAGAGCGUGCUGUCGCCGCACCAGGUACUUUCGCCUCAGCACAGACACUCGUCGCCUCAGAGCGUCACCUCGUAUCCGAGCGAGCACUUGCAGCACGGCAUGCACCCGCAUCAAAGUCGACACGCACAUUAGAUACGCAUAUUCCCUCGCGUCGCAAUGGAUGAGUAUGAACGAUCGUUCGCGUUUCGCGGCUCUCAUCGGCAUAUACUGGACUUGAUUUCGUUAACUUGCUCUCGUCCGCCGUAAACGAACUCGUCGGCCACGGAGCCACGAUCGUGCAACGAUCAACCAUCGAGACGGCGCGUCACCCUUAACUUCCGUUCGCCUUCUUCCUCGAUUCGCCUUUCUUCCUCUUUGCGUUCUUUCGUUGCACCUGGUGUCAACAGCCGACGGGUUCGGCACUUCUCGCGCGAGGGUCAAAGGUAAAUCUAUGAAAGAGAGUUCAAAGUUUGCCUUAAACCACAGACGCGCGCGUCGAAUGGUUGUUAUAGUCACUUAAGUUAAGUCUAGAUAUUAGGCUGCAGAGAUUACGCAACGCGUUACUCCCGCGCGCAUUGCACACACACACAUACAACGCCCUAUACCUGUACAUUUCAAACAACAUAGCGUAUCGUUCUGUAUGAUAUUUCUUUCUUUUUAAGUUUAGCUGCGAAACUGAUCGUUGGAGCUAAUAACAAUGCUGUACGGUGCGUUAUUUAAAAGAACUUAACUUAUGUCUUUAUUUUUUAUUUCUAUUUUUACCUUUAACUUAUAUAAUUUAUGUCAAUGUUGACUAGCGUUUAACUUAGGAGACGUAGUACGGUAAUCCUCUAAGAUUCUAAGAGUCGUAGUCCUUAGACGACCAUUAAUUACCUCGUCUCGAUGUCUUAUGGACUUUGUAUUACUUGAAAGAGAAGCAGAAUCAACUAAUCGAGUCCAUUGUCAAUACCUGUAGUGUCAAAUGUAAAAUAACUGUCGAGCCAGUUCAGCCACGAUCGUACGUCGUGAUCACGAAAUUGCACGGGACGAAAGCGAUCGUAUUAGAUAGCGCGACAAUGUAUGUUGAUAACGCCAGUCGAUCUUUGUGCUCCGAAGAAAGCACAAACAAAAAAGGAUGAAGUCCAGAUUGUGCCUUAAACCACAGACGGGAGCAUCGAAUGUGGUUGUUACAGCAGCUUAGUUAAAUUUAGACGUUAAAUUGUUGAAACGAGCGUCUCUUCCGCGCGAAUUCUGGGAUAUUUGCGUGUUCCAAGGGGCACCGUAGCAGAUUAUAUUGCACAAUAUUUUCUGAAAUUUUAUAGUAUAAGUGAAGUGCAUUUGAAAAUGUACACACACACAUACACACACACUCACGCGUAGAAUGUCGCGUGCAAAUUUUCACUUAGCGAAUAGUCCGAGCACGACAGGUAUUUGAACGCAUCUCUAAAGGCCGAUUCAAACUAUACAGGCAUACUCUGUAACAUAAAUACCCGUAAGAAUGUCUAGAAAAUAUAAACCAUUACACUUUUUGUUGCGAGACGAGGUGAGGCGAGACACUUAAGUAUCCGCUUAAUCUAAAUGGGCACUUAAAAAAGGAAAGUAGAUCAUGUAUACUCAUUUUGUACAUUGUCUUUAAGACACACAAUAUCGUUCGCAUGUUUAUAUUUAAAUCGAUGAUUUGAAACUCGUGAACCUUCUUUCAUAAAAACAGGACAGGUAAGGGAAAACGUCCAGUAGUCAGCACUCUGUUCUGUUUUCUGCACCGCUUUCGACACUCUCGCGCAAAAUAUUACAAAAUAUUAAAAUGUAUGGAAAUUAAAUAAUAGAUAACAAUUGAUAAGCAACUGAUAAAUCCCCAUAUAUCUUAAUAUUUAUUCAAAUCCGCGCGAGAAUGGUGAAAACUGACGAACGCCGCAACGAGUGUCGAUUACUGCACGCUUUCUCCUAAUAUUAUAGAACUGUACGGAAUCUUAUCUUUCAGUGUAAUUCAGUUAUUCCUUAGGUUCGAAUUGUGUCUUCUGGGGAAAACGAAAUAAUUGGGAAAUCUCUCCGAAUAAUUUCAUAAUACCUACUCAGUGAAAAUACUAUUCGAUAUAUACUAUAUCGAACAUAAUGAUUGCAUGGGAAAAAGAUUUGUUGGCAUAUCAUAUUUUGUUCUUUAUUGUAUGUGAACAUUUUAAGGAAUUUUUUUAUAUAGAAAUGAUAUAGAAUGAUAUAGAAUUAUAUCGAAUUAUAUAGAAUGAUAUGGACAUUUUGCCACAAAUUUGCAAAAAGAUGUUUUUACUGGAUGAACAAUUGAAUUUGAUUAAUUCUACACAAAAUCUAUUAAUCCGUGUCUUGAAGACGUAAAUUCCCUCGCGCGCGCGCGCGCGCAAAUAUCCUACACAUGCAUAUGAUUUCAAAAUGAACGGCACGAGAAACAAGAAUUAGGAAAUAUUUUGAAAAUCAUGUCUACGCGCACGAGCGUAUCAAAUUUAUAAUGUCGAACUAAUAUCUCAUCAGUAAUUGUAUGAGACGAGUUUUGCACUGUUUGUCGAUUUGUUCCGACACAGCGAAUGAAUUUAUUUCUACGAACAAAUUUAUUCAACAAGGUUUUUGUUAUUCUCCUAAAAAACCAUUUAUUUUGUUAUGAUAUAUUUGUUAUAUAUGUGUUGUUAAUAUUAUAUUAUAUAUGUUUAAUGUCGAAAAAUUUUAACGCGGAAACAGGCAAUGUUUUUGCUUUAACAGCAAAUAAAUGUAUUACCGCUAUAACACAAAUUUACACAAGGACAGAAUUGCUUUAAUCCACCGUUAAAAGAGAAUUCCGUUGUAAUACCGAGUAAUUCGGCAAAUUAGUUUAACCAGCGAUAUUUUCGUUGUCGUCACCGCAGGAUGCAGCAGCGACGACUAUUUCACCGCAGAGGCGAAAUUCUUCAUCCUCCGCGGCGCGUAAAGCAAGGAUGCGCGUACGGCAAAAGGAUUCCAGAUACAUACACAGGGCGGACGUUUUAUUACAGUUUUCAUCCGCAGAUUAGCCCCUUUGGAACCAUCGAUACCCGAUUCAGGCGCUUUUAUAGCCCCCUCAUAAAAGUAUCUAUUUGGUGUUUUCGACUGGGCCGACUGGCCCGCAGCAAGUCGAACAAAAAGGCAUCUUCCGCGUAUACCUAGGAAUUUCGAGGUAUAUACGUAAAGCGAUGUUACGUCUCGGGCUCCAAUUACGCACGGAUUGCCGACCGGGAGUCGUCCUUUCAGGAUCCGAAUCGGUCCGUGCCGCUUCCCCGGUUUUUCUUACCGUUAUCCUGGACGCGCUCUCGCUCUUCCCACAUGCGUCGCGCGCCGCGUAUCGGGACGCUCUCCGCGGCAGCCUUUUGUAGUUUCGUCACGUUUGAAAAAAUAUGGCAAGAAGAUCUCUAUCUUUAUACCGUCUUCGUUGCGACACCACAAUGGUGGAUAGACCAUAAAAUGAAGAAAGAAUUUAUAUAUUUUUCACGUAAAAAAAACAUAUUUUUCAACUCUGUUAUAUUCAAUUGAUCGUUUCUUGCGCGACAGUGCUGAAACUCAUAUGAGUGCUGAAACUCAUACUUGACGGCAUAUAAUUAAACGCGAUUAUAAUUUUCUUGAUGCACUUCUCCUCAUCGAAACAAAUAUAAUUAAUGACGUAUUGAUGUAUUGACGUCUUUAUCAAAAGGUGACCAGAUUUCCCAACCUCAGAUCUUGGACUCUUCGUAAAUAUGUCGAACGGGGAAGAGUAGGAGAUAAAAGAAUCACUGAAAAUAUAUAUACAGGAUGUAAGGCUAAAGAUGUUACAUACUGUUAUGUUGACAAUUAAAAAAUUAAAGUAUCCUUAAAUUUACCCCAACGACACCAAUCUAGGAAAAGGCUAACUUCAUCAAUUUUUGAUUACCAAACAAUUGAUUGAAAACAAAAAUUUCAUAUUUCGCUUGGUUUUAGAAAUAAUAGCCUGUCACAGCUUUAUACACAACACACGCAAUAUUUUAUUUAUAGACAUAUAAAAAAUAAUUUAACAGUGAACAACAAUGAACACCUACUACAAUAGAAGUAAAAACUAUUAUUAAGACAAAAGUGUUUUUAUUCUUAUUUAAAAUUAAAAAGAAUAAGUAAAAGUAUUUACCGCUGUGAAUUUUUUUAAGAAGAUUUCGCUUUGUAAGAAAGAGUACCUUAAGAAUCUUAUUGAUUGGGAUAAACCGAGAUAGUUUGGCCAAAUAUGGGACAAAUCGGCGCCGCGGAUAGCAUCCGAAAGAAUGCGGGACAAAGGAUAAAAAAACCGGGACUUUCCCGGGAAAAACGGGACGUCUGGUCAUCUUAAUAAAACGCGUCUACGUUGCAAAAGACGAGAUUCAUAUUCGUUUUUAUUUAUUGGCCUGUGUUUUAUAAACGAGCGGCGAUCGCGCCUUUGUCGGCGGAAGAUGUGGUGGAAUCAAUUUGAUUUGUAUGCGCGCCUUUUAACUGUAAACCAGAAAUAUAUUUGCAGCCGUCGAUACCCUACCUAUAAUGCAUAAAACAUGUAACACGCUGGAUUUCCAUUAACCCUAGAAUACCAGGAUCGAAUGUGUAAAUGCAUAAAAAUGCAUAAAGUGAAGAAGCUCCUGCCAAGAUCCUUAUUGCGCAAUGUUGCGAGAUACGACGUGCCGUUUCGGCGUAAAUGUUUACAUAUUUAUAACAUGUAUGUUUGUCUAGACGCGUGUGCGAAUAGAUUCCCGUCGCGCGAUAACCUUUUUUUUGUUUCUUAUUUUUUUGUUUUUCGAGAGACGCGGUCUUUGACAAAUAAAUCCGCGCGCUGCGAAUAGCAGUGAAGACACACACGACGCGGCGGCGGUGUGCAAUUAAAUUUCGAUGCCGUCAUUUUUUCAUGUCAUCGGCUACGUCUCUGUUGGAGACUACGAUGCGACUGCAAUGGCGGGCCAUUGUGCGCAUCGAACCCUCGUACAAUCAGCGGCGCAGCUAUAACUGGAGCAUAGAUAUCUCGUUAUGCAGCGGGCCCAUUAAUUUCUCCACGGCGCCCAUUUCUCAUGCCGUCGCGCGCAAUCGUCGGAUUCACUCGAGACCGCAUGUUUCAUUCGCGUUCUGUUUGUUAACGGGACUAUUUCGGCAGGGACGAAAUGAAACGUCAGCCUCGUGGACAAACACACAGCCGCGAUACAAAUAUUAUUUCAAAAAUAGAAGCUGACUUGCAUUAUUUUUAUAUAUUAUUUAAAAUCUCUUAGAAGAGAACGAUUGCGAUAAUGCUACACUGAGAAAAGGAAGUGAUGGAAUCGAUGGGGCGAACGGAAUUUGUAUGAGUAAACGUUUAAUUGAUUGAAUUAAUUGUAUAGUUGCUACGAUGAGUUAUCAAUUGACUCAAUAAUGACAAUUUAGUUAGCAACUAUGCCAAUAUAAGGUUGCGCUAACGCGAAAUUUGUUCAAUUAAUACAAUAUUACGAAUUUAUUAUUAUUAUGAUUAUUAUUAUUACUAUAAUAAUAUCAAUAAUAAUAAUUGAAGAAACAAUAAUAAUUAUUAAUAUUACUUUUCUUAACGAGAAAAUGACAGCAUCGAUUUAAUCUAUUACUUUUUCCUCUCAGUGCAGUAAAUUCGAGUUGAAGAGCAUUUUAAGAAUGUAUUGCUUAUAUUGCUUAUAUAAUCCCUGCAAAAAGUAACUGAAUAUUAGAAAUACUCUAAUAUCGUUACUUUCUGUAUAAAAACGUAUAAUAUGUACGAUACGAUUGAAUAACAACAUAUUUUUACUUUGACAUUA